CUGUCUGUAUAAUAUAUUCCUAUUCCUUAACCACUUUCUUUUAGCUUUCCCACCGCAGAGUCCCCAAUUUCCCUCUUUAUUUUUGCUUCCCACCGCCAGAGUACCCAAUUUCCCUCCCUAAUUUCCGAGCUUCCCUCCCUAAUUUCUGAGCUUCCCUUCCCGGUAGACUAACCUAAGUAAUUUCUGAGCUUCCCUCUCUAAUUUCGAGCUUCAUUUCUGCUAAAAUCAUACUCCCCUCCAUAGAUUCCCCAUUUUCCAUCCCUAAUUUCUGAGCUUCCCUUCCCGGUAGACUAGACCCAAAGAGCAUGCUGAACUUGAAUGCUGGAAAAUCAUGUCUUGCUGUAUUUUUUUGAAGCAUUCCCAACCCCCCCUUCUUUCUUCCUUCUCAGGAUGCUAUAUAUGAAUCUAUAUUUAAUCCAAUCAAAUGCUACCUAACUAUUUCUUUGCUUUAAGGACGUGUUCUGUGGGCCAUUGUACCUAUCCAACUUUAGGAUGCCCUGGACAAUGUAAUAAUGUGUUUAGAAGUUUUGGUUAUUGGUUUAAUACUUAUGUGCCCAUUCUUGUGCUGCUUGCAACACAAGAUCUUAGCGAUUUUUCAAGUCAAGGACAGAAUGUUAUGCAGUAUCUUUGCUUGCUAUUGAUAUCAGGUGGAAGCACCUUGGCAACUAAACCUAUCAGGUAAUUGAAUAUUUAGUUAGACACCACAUAAGUGUAUAUAUAUAUAUCAACAUCUCAUUUUGUUGACAUUUUGUUUUUGAUAUGUAUUCCUUGGAAUUUUGUUCACCUAAUUCACCCAUUUGAGGUUAAAGUAUGUUUGCUACCUCUCUCUGUAAUCUUAGAGGAUUCAUUUAGAUAUUGAUUGCAACAAUGAAAUUCUUGAACUUCU